AUGCCUCUGCAGUGCGAGGUCAGAGAAGAAGGCGAGGAAGGCGGUCGGAUGAUGCUCACUCGGUUUGAACAGGGAGCACCUAUCCGACCCCCGCAGCCCCAGGUCCGCCCUCGGCGCAGACUCUCCUCCGGACGGUAUGCCCUCUCCCAGCCAUGUCACCAGCUGCCCCACUCCGUCGAGGCCCUCGACCUGUCGCUUGCUUCGCUCGCCCCUACCCUAGCAUCUCUCCGCCUCCACGUCCUCUCCUACCUCGCCGAUCUCGAGAACCGCCUCGCGCUCCUCGAAGCACCCAUCACGGCCGAGUCGCUGGUAGCCAAGGGCGAGACGACCAUUGAAGAUGCUCGCGCAUGGGCCCGCGACGGGCUUGACAUGCUCCGGUCCAUCCGCGAAGACGUCUGUGCCCACAUCCCGGAACUCACACUCGAGGGCGUCGAAGACAUGGUCGCCGCGCACAUCCCGGAAGGUCCCUCAUUCGCCGAGAUGCGAGCCCACCUCCCAGACGUCCCGGAUGUCGUCCGUUCCCAUCUUCCCGACUUCACCCUCUCCGAUGUCCGCUCACGACUAGAUGAUGUCCGCUCCCGCUUCUCCGACAUAGACUUCCAGAGACCGCUCAGCUUCGUCCCCACCCUCUCGUCCCGUCUGCAAUCCCUCCAGGCGCAUCUGUCUGCUACCGAGUUCUCCUCAAGCACGUUGGCCCCCGCUCCAUUCCCCCCCAGUGCGACGCUUUCGUCUCUCCUGGACAAAGUGCUCUCCUCCGAUCUCUUGGCUGAAAUCUCAUCGGAUAUCCGAAGCGGAGAGGAAACGUUGGAGAAGGCGGCCAUAGAGGUUGCACGUGCGAUGAAGCGGUCUCUCGACGGGCUCCGUCUCAUCGAGUAUGUCGACCUCCCGGAGCAGUGGCGAAACAACCAAUUCGUCCAGGGAGCCAACCCCUUCUAUCUGCAGGUUCAUCCCGCUCCACAAUGGCCCCGGAUUGUCCUCUCGCUUUUUGCUCUCCACAACGAGACCCUCAAUAUCCACACGCAUUUGAUACCCUUUUUAUUAUGGUCUCGACUUCAUGAACCGGCACAGGUGGUGUUUGGGGCAUUUGCACUCCUGUGCCUUUUCACGAGCUCGCUAUGGCAUACCAUGGCCGGUUGCGCACACCCGCAAGGUAUGGAGCUCUGCGCGCGAGUCGACUAUGUGGGGAUUGGCUGGCUCAUCAGCGCGAGUGUGGGCACGGUCGUCUAUUACGGCUUCCAGUGUCAACAUACUCUGCGCGAUGCGUUUUUGCUCCUAUGUUUGGCUAUUGGUGUCUCCGGCAGUAUAUUCCCUUUCUGCGAUUGGUUUAACCAGCGCGAGUACAAGAACUGGCGUAUCGCGUUCUUCCUCUCCCUCGCGUUCAGCAGCCUUGCCCCGAUCAUCACCCUCGCCUAUCUCCACUCCCCACGCGGAGCCGCCAGCUUUAUCGCGCCUAUCGCGCCAUCCUUCCUCUCCUACAUUAUCGGCCUGGUGUUCUACGCCACACACUUUCCCGAAUGUGUCUUGGCCCACCGUUGGCCAGCCCUCCGCGCAAACGUGCUCGACUGGCUCGGCGGCGGGUCGCACGCAAUCUGGCACGUUUGCAUCGUCGCCGCGAUUGCACUCCACCGACGAGGGAUGGUGGGGAUGCGUGGCGGGAUCGGGGACGGCUGCGCGUGGCGGAGUGGUUGGGAGCCUUAA